AUGUCGCGCAAUCGCAAGACAGCAUCAGUAUCGGUAUCUCCGAGUGAACCUCUUAUCAAAGACACAGCUGAGGCCUUCCAGAACACGGCAGACACGAUCUUCGAGAGUAGAAACACUCUUGUACAAGGAUUGUUGGCUAUAGCCGAUAUACCUGAGUGGUUGCAAGAAAAUGAAUUCGUCCACACCGGUUACAGGGCACCUUCCAAUUCUUUCAAGAAAAGUGUUCCUAGUAUACUGGCUAUACAUAAUGAGACAGUAAACAUCUGGUCUCACAUCCUCAGCUUCAUCUUGUUCUUAGUUAUUCCUGCGUACGUCUUGACCACUAAGAUCCUACCUCGCUACAAGGUUGCCACCCUUGAGGACAUCAUAAUCUGCACAACAUACUUUAUAGGAGUAGCAAUAUGCCUCUUCCUCUCUGCAACAUACCAUACAGUCUCAAACCAUUCAUCCCACGUUCAUCAUUUCAGCAUUCAGCUCGACUACCUCGGCAUACUCAUUCUCAUGAACAGCGCCAUGAUUCCCCUCAUCUACUAUGGUUUUGUGUGUGAUCAUUUACUGCGCAACGUGUACCGGGGUUUGGUUUCUGUCCUCGCCGGACUAUGCGCAUUCUCGACGAUGCAUCCGAGAUUCCCCACCGCCAAAGCAAAGGCCGUCCGAGGAGCACUUUACUCUGCAUUUGGAGCCAGCAGUUUUGCACCAAUUAUCCACGCUGUUAUAAAAUAUGGCUGGGACGUGCAGAAGGACAGGAUGGGGAUUAUUUGGUAA